AUGAGGAGAGAGAAAAUUCCUCCAAGGAGAGAAAUGGAGCAGGAUAGAACCCAGGGGGGCUGGUUCAAGAUCACAAUUCCGGUCGGCAUAAAAUAUGACAAGACAUGGCUGCUAAAUUUGAUCCAGAAUGAAUGCAGUGUCCCCUUCACCCCGGUUGAUUUUCACUAUGAAAACAUGCAGGCCCAGUUCUUUGUUGCGAAUGCCAGUGCUGCCUCUGCACUGAAGAAUAGCAACUUCAAAAUCUGGGACCAGCAGAAUGAAAAGAUAUCUAUCUUCGUGAUCCCUUCUGCUAUACCUGACUCUGUGCAGAAGAAACUGAAGUCAGAAAAGAAAGAGCAACUAAAGCAGACCAUGAACAAACAACAUGAUGUUUCCCAGAAAGCCCUUGAAUGCCAGAGACUCCACUCAGACCCAGACUUGAUGACCCAUGAUAUGGAAAUAGCAAUGAACCCUAGAAAAGACAUGGCUGCCUCCCUGCAGGUUCAUGAAGAGAACAUGCCCAAGCUUUUGACAUUGAACUCCAGUAACAAUAAACCACAAAAACCAGAAAGCCUGUCUGACACUAUGCAAAGGGCCCACAACAUCAAGAACAUGAACUUCUCAACAAGUGAGGUGAGAAGCAGGAGACAGAUCAUGUUUGAAGGGAGGGUGCUAGGGCUCAGCAGGCUGAUGGCAAGAGGCAGCUGUGCUUUGAUCUUCUUGCCUUCCUGUUGCCUGCUCACCUGGCCCCACUGGGGCUGGAGUCUGUUUCCCACCUCUCCACACCCGGCCUUCUCUAGCAAGCACUCCCAUGAGUGUGCUAGAGGAGGUGGGGCUCCCCCUUCCAUGCGAGGGCCAGGGGUGUUCAUCCUCGAGCCAGAUCCUGGUGCCCUGGAUGGAGAAGUGUCUUCUGGCCCGUGGGCUCCCGCUGAGAAAGGCCUUCCUGCCUCUGUGCUGAGAUGGGGCUUCCCUCCCCUGGCCUGUGAUGGGCCCUCUUUCCCUGGCUUCAAGGGAGUCCCCCACCUGUCCCAGGCUGAGAUGGGUGCUAUCCGGGAUUGUUUCCCUAAAUUGUUACACCUAGAUGGCAAGGAGUUACCAUCACCAAUACUUAUUGACACUGAAGUCCCUGAGAUCAUACAACCCUGCAAGGAAAGCUAUAAAGGAUCUGAGACCCUAAAGAGUUUGGUCCUGCAAUUCCUACUUCAGUAUUACUUGAUCUAUGACUAUGGAGACCGACAGGGCCUCCUUGGUGUGUACCACAAAGAGGCUUGCUUCUCCCUGACCACUCCCUUCAUGUCCCAGGACACAGCCCCAAGCAGCUUGAGUGAGUACCUCGAGGUCAGCAGAAAUUUGAAGCUCAAGGACUCUGACCUGCGUGUUCGGCUGCUGAAGCACACAAAACAUGACAUUGUCGCCUCCCUCAGUGUGUUGCCCAAAACUCAGCAUGACCUUGGCUCCUUCGUAGUGGACAUGUGCAUCCAGACGAAAACAAUGCUCUGCUUUUCUGUGAAUGGUGUGUUCAAGGAAGUGGAAGGAAAGUCUCAGGGUUCUGUUCGUGCCUUCACCCAGACCUUCAUCUUGACUUCUGGCAGCAAUUCUGGUUUAUGCAUCAUGAAUAAUGAGAUGAUUGUGAGAAAUGCCAGCACCAAAGAGACCCAAAGAGCUUUCUCCAUCACAGUGCCCACACCCUCCUCCAGUUGCCUGCCCACCCUCUCCCAGGAGCAGCAGGAAAUGGUGCAGGCUUUAUCCAUCCAAUCUGGGAAGAACCACGAGUAUUCUCAGAAGUGCCUGCAGGACAACAAAUGGAACUACACCACAGCUGGACAGGUCUUCACCAUGCUCAAGGCUGAGGGCAAGAUUCCAGAGGAAGCCUUCACACAAAGCCCCUAAAUGGAGCCCUUGGAUGUCGUCUUCAUCUUCAUCCAUAUCAUCUUCGUUUCUC